AUGCUGGACCCACGAAUAUUGCCAUACUACGACCCGUCGGUGGACAGAAAGAUUGCCGUGGUAACAGGUGGAAACACCGGUAUUGGCUGGUAUACUGUCUUGCAUCUCUAUUUACACGGGUUUGCCGUUUACAUCUGCGGGAGAAACUCCCAUAAGAUUUCGAAGGCAAUUCAAGAGAUACUCGUGGAGGCGAAGAGGAGGUGUUAUGAAGAUGACAACGGUCCAGGACCAGGCCCAAGUACUCAGCGUCUGGGGUCUUUGCAUUACAUCCAUUUGGAUUUAACGGAUUUGAGGUGCGUGGAGAGAGCGUCACUUAAAAUCCUGAAGCUAGAAGACCACAUCGACGUGCUGAUAAAUAAUGCAGGGAUCAUGGCGGUGCCCUUGGAAAUGACGAAGGACGGAUUUGAAGUGCAAUUGCAGACUAAUUACAUUUCGCACUUCCUCUUUACGAUGAGGUUACUGCCUUUACUGCGCCACUGCCAUGGCAGAGUCAUUUCUCUGUCUUCCGUAGGUCAUCAUCUGGAGUUCAUGUACUGGAAAUUGAGCAAGACUUGGGAUCAUAAACCUAACAUGCUUUUCACAUGGUUCAGAUACGCAAUGAGCAAGACAGCGCUGAUUCAGGGCACGAAAAUGUUAGCCAUCAAGUAUCCAGACAUCCUUUGCUUGUCUGUUCAUCCUGGUUUGGUGAUGAACACAAAUUUGUUCAGUUACUGGACGAGACUUCCCAUCGUAGGCAUUUUCUUUUGGCUCUUAUUCCAGGUUGUGGGGUUCUUUUUCGGCGUAUCCAACGAACAAGGCUCGCUUGCUUCCUUGAAAUGUGCAUUGGACCCAAAUUUGUCUGUUGAAACAGACAACGGGAAAUAUUUCACUACGGGGGGCAAAGAAUCCAAGUCGAGCUACGUUUCUAACAAUGUCGACGAGGCAGCGUCAACCUGGAUCUGGACUGUCCAUCAACUAAGAGACCGCGGAUUUGAAAUAUAA